UCUCAGCGCAGGAAAGACAGCCCUCAGUGCCCAGAACAGCCAAUGCAAGAGCAGCGAUAGACAGAUACUCACUCACAUACUGCACUAUCUCCCUAACCGAAAACAAUUUACAGAGAAAGUAAAAGUGAAAUCAAAAACAACAACAACACAUUAUCCAAAAAGCCAGCACCCUAAUUGGAUUCAACCAGUGAAAAGAAACAAAAUAUAUGAAUGAUUACUUAUCACCCAUUUUAGGGAAUGAGUAAAAGGGACACAUCUGAUCUGAAUGAUAUUUUCUGAAAGAAAAUAAAAAAGUGGAUUUUACUCAUCUUGGACAAAAGGAAGAAAAAUACAAGAAGACUUGAAGAACCAGAAGAAAGAGGGAAAUCAAACGGAAGAGAAGAAAAUAUCUCCUCAUCCUCAGCAGCAGUAGCAGUCUGACCCUGCUCCCUGAGGUGGACUGGUGAUUCCACUCUGCCCAGCCUCGCUGCACUCCUCUUCAGCCUCCAGCACAGCCUCAGCCCCCUACAGGUCCACAUCCCUGGAGGAUGGCUGCAACCAAGACAGAGAUGCUCCUUCCAGCCCUGCAGAUCUCAGACCCCCUCAGCUUCCCCCACUCUCCCAUGGAUAACUACCCCAAGCUGGAGGAGAUGAUGAUGCUGAGCUCCGCUGGGACCCCCUUCCUCUCUGCCUCAGCGCCCGAGGGAGCAGGCUUCGGAUCGGGGGAGCAAGGAGAGCAGUAUGACCACCUUAAUGGAGGUAAGUCUCUCCUUGGUCUAUUGUUGGAUGGAAUUGCUUUACUGUAAUGUAUGAUAGACAGCUGCUGCUUUGCUGUGUGCAGUAGCAAAAUGCAUGGCAUGAAACAGUUGUUGCAUAACUUAAAUCAUUAUUUGUGUUCAGCUGGCAAUUAUGAUUUCAAUUUCAACUUAGAGAGAAGACCCUAAAUAUGUUGAAUAUGUUCUUUGAAUGAGAUAUGUCUAAUUCUCAUGAUGGUUUGAUAUGGAAUUUAAAAAAAGAAAGAAAUGAAAUAUAAUAAAGCAGUUUAAUUUAUGAUAAUUGGAAAUACAUAACUCAAAAUGUUUUAAGAAAUGUAGAAUUGUGUAAAUUAAAUUGUAGCUCUUCAUUGAAUGGUAUUUGUACUUGAGCGUGGCUCACUCAUUGCAUACCUUUAGAGAUUCUAGAGCUCAAUUUUAAUAGCAUUCUUAAAACCAGCUGAACUGCAGUUUCAGUAAUCAAUACCUUUGGCUAUGUGGCUGACUUCAAGAGCUUGGUGUGUGUGUGUGUGUGUGUGCCCGCAUACAUGCUUGUGUGUCUGUGUGCGCUUGUGCGAGUGCGUAACAGAAAUAUAUAUAUUUUUUAAUGGAUGCAUGCAGAUGGCUUGGGUUGACUUGCAAGACAUCUAUGUUUUGGUUAGAGGAGGAAAUGGCUGGUGUGGGAGUUUAGGGGUGGGAAAGAGCUGGGGUUGCUGGGAGGGAGGGAGGUUCUUGCUGCUGUUAGAGAGGAGAGGGGCAACACUGUCCACCUCUCUGGCAGGAUUCUCCUCUGCCUCCCUCCCUCCCUCCUGAGUCCCUCCUCCUCUCUCUCUCCCUCCAGCAUAUUGACAGGUUGAUUAAUGUCCUGUCUCUCUCCCUCUCUCUCUCUGCAGAUACGUUACCUGAUAUCUCCAUGAACUGUGAGAAGUCGAUGGCAGAGCAGAGCUACUCCACCCAGCGGCUGCCUCCCAUCUCCUACACCGGCCGCUUCACCCUGGAACCAGCCACCAACUGCAGCAACAGCCUGUGGGCCGAGCCCCUGUUCAGCCUGGUCAGCGGGCUAGUGGGGAUCAACCCCCCCUCCACCUCCACCCUGUCCUCCUCCGCCUCUCAGACCGGCACCUCUUCCUCGUCCCCAUCCCCUAUCUCCUCCGUCACCAUCUCCUCUCAGAGCUCCAGCCUGAGCUGCUCUGUCCACCACAGUGAGAAUAACCCCAUCUACUCAGCUGCUCCUACGUACUCCAACACCAGCUCUGACAUCUUCUCUGACCAGGGCUUCCCCAUCCCCGCGGGGGGAUCGCUCCAGUACCCCCCUCCAGCCUACUCCAACGGCAAGACAUGUGGCUCUAGCUUUCCUGUGCCCAUGAUCCCUGACUACCUCUUCCCCCAGCAGCAGGGGGAGAUAAGCCUACUACAGGAUCAGAAGCCCUUCCAGAAUGGGUCUGGCCAGCCCUCCCUCACUCCCCUGUCCACCAUCAAAGCCUUUGCCACCCAGACAGGCUCCCAGGACCAGAAGAGUGUCUACCAGUCCCAGCUGAUCAAGCCGAGCCGCAUGCGCAAGUACCCCAACCGGCCCAGCAAGACACCGCCCCACGAGAGGCCUUACGCCUGCCCUGUGGAGACGUGCGACCGCCGCUUCUCCCGCUCCGAUGAGCUGACGCGCCACAUCCGCAUCCACACGGGCCAAAAGCCCUUCCAGUGCCGCAUCUGCAUGCGCAACUUCAGCCGCAGCGACCACCUGACCACGCACAUUCGCACGCACACUGGCGAGAAGCCCUUUGCCUGUGAGAUCUGUGGACGCAAGUUCGCCCGCAGCGAUGAGAGGAAGAGGCAUACCAAGAUCCACCUGAGGAAAAAGGACAAGAAGGCGGAGAAGGGCGGGGUGGCCGGGACGGUGGCAGUAGCAGAAGCACCAGUAUCAGCCCCCUCCCCAGUCUCUAGCUACCCCUCUCCCAUCAUCUCCUACCCUUCCUCAGUCUCCUCCUACCCCUCUUCAGUCACAUCCUGCUACUCCUCUCCGGUCCACACCUCGUACCCCUCUCCCUCCAUUGCCACCUCGUACCCCUCUCCCUCCAUCGCCACCUCGUACCCCUCUCCCUCCAUCGCCACCUCGUACCCCUCUCCCUCCAUUGCCACCUCGUACCCCUCUCCCUCCAUCGCCACCACCUACCCCUCUGUCUCCAUGUCCAUGUCCAGUCCCUUUCAGUCCUCCAUGGCCUCCUCCUUCCCCUCCUCCGUAGCCUCCAUCUACUCCUCUCCGGUCCCCACCCCGCUAUCAGACAUGCAUUCCACACUCUCCCCAAGAACAAUCGAGAUCUGCUAA